UUUUGAAGCAGGCAUGGAGGGACAGGACGGCUUUUGGGGAGGCAGAAAGGGGCUGAGAGCGACCAGAAAAUGCUGUUGCAAUGCGGAGUGGCACCCGGGGAAAGAAAAUUGAGUGCGGAUGGCAAUAAGGCUGCGGCACCCUGUGGGCGGGGACCACCCCAGCUUUCACGCUAUAAAAUGCUCCGGGUUUCCCUGGCGUGGGGAGCGGUCCGCGGGACCUACGGCUUCAGGGUGGCUGAAGUCAACUUGGACUUCAAGGUUGGGCCGAAGGUACGGACGGCGAAGGAGGAGAAGGAGGAGGAGGAGGAGGAUGAGGCCGAGGAGCGCGGCGUGACCGUGCGGCGGGCGGCGGGCCAGGGCUCGCACGCUCCAGCGCCGCGUCCGCCCGGCUCGUCCCGCCUCCCCCGGAGCCCUCUGAAGUGAGGGUGGGUGUGCGGGGGGGAGCAGCCGUGCUGGCGGCCAGCCCAGCCCCGGCUUCCCCGCCUCUAUAUAAACACACAUUUGACUUUCUUUUUUACUCCUAUUUAAGAUUGAGAGGGGCGAGCAGCCCUUUUUACUGAAGUCUGGUGAAAAGUCUGGGGCUAACAAAUAACCGGCAUAUAGAUAUAUAGAUAUAUUUAUAGAGAUAUAUUUAUAUAGAUAGAUAGAGAUAUAAACCGAUCCGUCUCGCUCCGUGUGUGUAGAUACAUAUAUAUAGCUAUUUAAUUCUUCCAUCUCUCCAGGUCGUGGCUGAAUUAUUUUAUGAUUUUUUAACAUUUUUUAAAAUCUCGCUCCUUUUUUUCCCUUUCUUUUUUUUUUUACUUUUUUUUCCCCUCUGGUGUGUGUGACUUUGCCUUGAAAGCGAGCGAAAGCCAGAGCAUCUGCAUUUGGACUUUUUGGGGUCUUUUUUUUUCACUCCAGGGUUUUUCUUUUUCAUUUUUUUUUCUCGAGUUUUUGACUACUCCCCCAACCCCUUCUUUUGGGGUCUCUCUUGUUUUUGGGGGUUAUUUUUAAAACUUUUCUUUUUACCCCUCUCUUUUUGUGUUGUGUGGGUUGCUUUUUUUUUUUUCCCCCCUGUGUCACUCUGUCAAGUUUAUUCCAAACAAGAACAAAGUUUUCAGAGAGGGACAGAGGAGAAACUGCUUUUUGCCCUUUUCCCCCCCCUCUUUUUUUCCUCCCCCUCCCGCUCCCCCCUUUUUUUUCCUGUUGUUUUUCUAACCUGCCAGCGGAGAGGGGGGCGAGCCCGGCCCCCCCCGCCCCAGGACCCCCCAGGCAGGGUUUAGCGUGCGCUCCGCAAUCGCCCUCUUUUCGUGCGUGCGUGUGUGUGGGUGCGAGUGUGGUGCCUGUCAAGGGGCUGUUUCUCUCCCCACCCUCCUCCUCCUCCUUCUUCCAAAUAUGCUUUUUGCAAGUUUUGAUCUCGUCUCGGCACUGGCUACCCUCGCGGCGUGCUUGGUGUCACUGACUUUGCUGCUGGCCGUGUCCCAACAGCUGUGGCAGCUCCGCUGGGCUGCCACCCGCGACAAAACCUGCAAGCUACCAAUCCCUAAAGGCUCUAUGGGAUUCCCUUUAAUCGGAGAAACCUUCCACUGGCUCCUGCAGGGCUCCUGCUUCCAGUCUUCGCGGCGGGAGAAGUACGGGAACGUGUUCAAGACGCACUUGCUGGGGCGGCCGCUGGUGCGGGUGACGGGGGCGGAGAACGUGCGGAAGAUCUUGAUGGGGGAGCACCACCUGGUGAGCACCGAGUGGCCGCGCAGCACCCGCAUGCUGCUGGGGCCCAACACCGUGGCCAACUCCAUCGGCGACAUCCACCGCCACAAGAGGAAGGUUUUCUCCAAAAUCUUCAGCCAUGAGGCACUGGAGAGCUAUCUCCCCAAGAUCCAGGUGGUGAUCAAAGACACCCUUCGGGCCUGGAGCAGCAACCCUGAGUCCAUCAAUGUCUACCAUGAGACCCAGAAGCUCACCUUCCGCAUGGCCAUCCGUGUCCUGCUGGGCUUCCGCAUCCCUGAUGAGGAGCUCAACCGUCUCUUUGAUGUCUACCAGCAGUUUGUGGAGAAUGUUUUCUCCUUGCCUGUGGAUCUGCCCUUCAGCGGCUACAGGAGGGGCAUCCGGGCACGCGAGACGCUGCAGAAGGGGUUGGAGAAAGCCAUCCAGGAGAAACUGCAGAACACACAGGGCAAGGACUACGCCGAUGCGCUGGACAUCCUGAUAGAGAGCGGCAAAGAGCAUGGCAAGGAGCUAACCAUGCAGGAGCUGAAGGAUGGCACCCUAGAGCUCAUCUUCGCUGCCUACGCCACCACCGCCAGCGCCAGCACCUCUCUGAUCAUGCAGCUCCUCAAACACCCCCGGGUCCUGGAGAAGCUGCGAGAGGAGCUGCGCAGCAAGGGCAUCCUCCACAACGGCUGCAUCUGCGAGGGCUCCCUCCGGCUCGACAACAUCAACAGCCUCCACUACCUGGACUGUGUCAUCAAGGAGGUGCUUCGCCUCUUCACCCCCAUCUCCGGGGGGUACCGGACGGUGCUGCAAACCUUCGAGCUGGACGGUUUCCAAAUCCCCAAAGGCUGGAGUGUCAUGUACAGCAUCCGGGACACCCACGACACCGCCCCCGUCUUCAAGGACGUGGAUGUCUUCGAUCCUGACCGCUUCGGGCAGGGUCGAAGCGAAGACAAGGACGGCAGGUUCCACUACCUCCCCUUCGGAGGAGGCGUACGGACCUGUCUGGGCAAGCACCUGGCCAAGCUUUUCCUCAAGGCACUGGCCAUCGAGUUGGCCAGCACCAGCCGCUUCGAGCUCGCCACCAGGACUUUUCCCAAAAUCACUCUGGUGCCCGUGGUCCACCCAGUUGACGGACUCAAGGUCAAAUUUUUCGGACUGGAUUCCAACCAGAACGAGAUCCUGACAGGGACAGAUGCCAUGCUGGGGGCGACGGUGUAAAGCCCAUGGUGGCGGCGCGAGGGACGGGCGGCCGGGGGACGGAGGGGUGGGGUGGGGGCAAGGGGACGAACAGGAGGGGAGGAGAGAGGGAUGAGAAGCUUCUCCAUGACGCUCGCUUCGCGGAGCCUCUGGGUCGGGACUGCUUUCUCCACUGGUGAAGCUGCCAAAACUGUUUUGCUCUAUCUGCGGGGUGUUGAGAAGGUUGGGGUGUCGUCAUGCGUCUUGUUUCAUUUGAAAGGAGGAAGGAGUUGCAAAGCCCGAGUCGAGCUGGGAUGUCUGACCAUACACAGUAUCUAAAUAUUAUAAAUAUAUAUAUAUAUAUAUAAAAAAAUAUCUAUAAAACACUUCUGCUGCGAGGAGGAGCGCUGCAAAGGCCCGACUGCAGGAAAGGCUUUGGAAAUCAGCUGGUGAUCAGAGGUCUGGUGUCCCGGGGCGGCUCUCGGGUGGCCUCUGAUCUUUUUUUUUUAACAGUGUUAAAUUAGCUGGUGAUAACAGUGUUUUGUUUUUUGUUGUUGGGUUUUGGGAUUUUUUUUUUGUUCAUUUGUUUGGUUGUGUUUUUGGUUUUGGGGCGUUGGAGGCUUUCCUGGGUGAAGGGGAGGCAAGCGAUGCCUGUUCCCAUUCCCAUUCCUUCUCCCGCUGGGGCAGGCUGGGGAGGGGGAGCUGCCGUUUCACCUCUGCUGCGGGACUGAAAAACCCUGUGGUAUCUUGUCCAGGGCCGAACAGACGGUGAGACGUCCCUCCGAGGCCUCAGACAAGUGCGUAUUUGCAUUUUGCAAAAUGCAGUUUGCGUUUGGGGCUCUGGGGUGGGGGGGUGCCCUUUUUUUCUCGUUGAGUUUCCUGCUGCUGCUACACAGCCUGUGUGCACCCAUUCCCCUGCCGCAGCCCCUCACUUUCCCGUGCAAAGGCACCUGUUUUGGGGGCAUUUCGGUGCCUUUGCUCUCCUUCAAGGUGCAGGCACCAGCCUCCGAACUGCAUAGCCCUGCCGACCCACCACAGCUCUCCAGGCACCAGGGGGCUGAGCAAAGCCACCCGCUCAGAGCUGCUCAUUUCAGUGCACCCUCUUCCAUGGGAGGCAUUUGCAUUAAAGGUGAUCUCUAUAAAUAAGCCAACGUACGCAUUGUUUGUCUCGUGAUUGGGUUUUGUUUGGUGAUGGGAGAACUUGGCAGGAAGGAGACUGAGCGAUGGUUUCCUGGCAAGCUAUCCACCCUGUCCCACCACUAAGCUGGGAGAGGGGCCCUGCCAAAAACUUCUCCAGCACAAACAAGCAGCCACCAAGGUAUCUUGCAUUCAAUUUGCUGGGUGGGCCUAUUUUUUUUGUUUGUUUUGUUUUUGCAUGCAAGAGGCUUCUGGGUUGAGUGUGCGAUGGGUGGGUUGUGUUGAAAGUGGACAUUGCCUCGCACAUGGGUGCAGAGCAAAAGCUUCCUGAGCACCCCGGCAGGCAUUUGGUUCAGACCAGAGCCAAGUAGCAGGUUGGGAGAUUCCUCUCUGACUUGAGACAUCUCUGCCCAGCCCCACUCCUCUCCCAUCUCCUUCUCUUCGAGGUGGAAAGAACAAGACAAGGACCAUGGCCGAGACCUCUCCUAACCGUGAUGGGAAAAGAUCUCAUGCUUGGGUGGUCAGCUUGGCUUUCUGCUUUAAAGGUGUCCAGAUAAGUCAGAGGGGUUGAAAUAAGAAAGGCUAAGGGGCAGAUGUGGCUUACCAGGUUGCUUUGCAGGUUGUGCUUUUGACGAGUGGGUGCCUCUUUGGAAGGUCGAAGGAAGUGUGAAGCAAGCGAUGGUGAUGGCUGCCUUUGCCAGCCCAUCGUCUGGUGGGGGCAAGGAGGAGGGAGGCAGUUUUUUAGCCAGGGGAAGCACUUGAGGUCGGAUUGCCGUCAGCCAAGCUGCCAGAAACCCCCCAGGAUCAUCCCGGCGGAUGGUCUCCACUCAUGCCAGGGUUCACAGCUUGAUUUUCAGGUUGAUUUAACCUGAAAUAAAACUCCCAAUCUGCUAGGAGAUGCCAUUCAAAUCCAGACCUUGCCUUCUGGUUGGUAAACAACGUGCCAAACCCAAAAGCAAGGUCUCAGGAGCCUUUAAUUACGUGUACCAUGUCCCUGAAGCAGAGGUUCACCUAGUUUGACAGCUUGGAAAUUUUGAGUGAUACAACGCUAGCUCAGGCACUGUUGAGAUUUCAGGUAUUUUCCUUGGCCCUGAUGGAGAGACAACUUCCCUGGUGACAAAAGGAGCUUAAUCACAAUCAAAAUCUCAAAGGGCAAAGGAGAACAUGGAGCUGAGCGCGGUGGGAACGGGUGAGUCGCCCAGGGGCCAACAUUUGGGGAAAGGUAAGUGGCACGUGAGGGUGUCCACGACCUUUGUGGGUGAUAAGCCCUUGUAGGACAUGGGGACAGGGGCAGGAGGUGGAUGAUCUGCAGGGGGGAGCUGCAGGGUGAAAACCCAUCAGAGACCCACCGCCAGGGUGCUCUCCAGGAGCCUGCAUUUCCCUCUGAGACUUCUCAGGGGAAUAAAACUGCUCGGGGGAGAGGAGGCUGAAAAAGGGGAGAGAUGGAGAGGGGAACAGACAACAAAGUUAAAAGGUCUGGUUAAAGCUCACAGGUGGCUUCGCGCCACACUUUGGCGAGCAAAAGCUCUUGGGCAGACUUUUCUGAAAGGGCUCGGUCCCGCUUGUGCUUACGGGAAAUCAGUGAAGGGUUUUGCUGAAAUUUUUAUUUUAACUUCCAAUGUCAUUACAAAGUGAAAACCAAACAUGCUUUUGAGUGAGUGGUUGAUUGGAGAGCGGUAAUGUAAGAUGCAUACAUCCAUUAUAUAUAUAUGCUUACAUCAUGUGUAUAUAUAAUGUUUGUGUGUGUGAGUAGUUAAUCUAGGCAUAAGUAAGUCAUGCUUUUGUUUUUCCAUUCCUAACUAAUAUAACUUGACUAAAAAAGUUGCUGCAGUGGGUUUGCAGAAUAAAGCACUUUGAAUCUCAGAAUUGUUUGUUGUUUUUUUUUCUUAGCACAGUCCAAUUUGCUAUAAUAUUAUUUUAUACACAAAUUUUUUUUGUCUGUCUUUAUAAACUAUUAUAAGUACUAUUUUUGUUAUAAUUCAAAAUAGAUAUUUAGUAUAAAGUUUUGCUGUUAAAUAUUUGUUAUUUAGUAAAAUAUGAUUUUUUUUCUCUUUAUUGUAAACAUUGUCUGGAAAAAUAUUAAUAUGUUUUAUCACAGUUGUUUUUAAUAUUAAAAAAAAGAAAAAAGCACUUGUGGGGUUUUUCGUUAUGAAAUUGGUGCCGUGUGAACAUGUGUUUCAGUCAUGUGGUUUAUAAUAUGUAUAUAAUAUUAUGUGUUGCAUAUUAAAAUGAAUGUUGUGUAUUUUGUGAUCUUAAAAAAAAAUAAUCCAUGUGGCUAUU